AUGGCCGGCAUUCCAGGAAUCGACCUCAAUGAACACCAACCAAACCCACGGUAUCUCUUUCGCCAACCGGUUGCGCUGCAAUGGUUUGAAAAUGGGAGACUCAUGAAGCGGCAUGAAGAGGAGCGGCAGGCAGCUCCACACUCAGGGCGCUUUGAACUCUUCCUGGACCUUCUUUAUGUCGCAAUCUUGGCAAACUUCGCAGAGACUCUUGCUGAGGACAUCUCGGGAGCGAAAUUAGUCAAGUAUAUUCUUAUACUCGCGCCCACUUGGCAUGUUUGGGCCGACCUCCGGGAAUUGAUGAAUUCGUUUUAUAAUGACGACCUGCUACAGCGCGCACUCAUUCUCUGGAUAAUGGCUGUCCUUGUUAUGUACGGGAACAACGCGUCCCUCGUGGAUGAGGAUCUCGGCGCUAUGCGAGCCACUGUCGGCUCAUACAUGGUUGCGCGCAUCUCAUGCAGCGCAGCACACCUAUUAUACUCCUUUGCCAGCUAUCACCACAGAAAGCAGCAAAGGCUGUGGGUUUCUCUCACACUGAUUUCGAUGUUUAUCUAUAUCCCGCUCUACUUCGAGUCCGUAUCCUUGCGCGGCAAAAUUGCAGCGGCGGCCGUUGGCGUUGUUUUUGAGGAGUGCAGUUGGGUCUUCUGCUAUUCGCCGGCAGCCAAGAGGAUGCUGAAAGCCAAGUAUACAACUGCUGUGGAUAUCGCGCAUGAGGUCGAUCGAUACGCCGCAUUUUAUAUCAUUGUGCUUGGCGAAUAUUUAUACCAGAUCGUUGUCGGCUCACCUGCGGCAGUGGGUUUUAAUCUCAGCUUGCUCCAUGCUAUUUGGGUCUUGAUCAUUGCCUUCUGUCUGAAUUGGUUGUACGCUCAUAACGACGGUGCAUUGCAGAGCACUCAUCCGUUCCGCUAUUCAGUGUACACAGCGUUCGGGUGGGCUGUUCUUCAUUUGCCUCUUGUGGCUAGCCUGCUAGCAAGCGGACAUGUUGCCGCUGCAAGCGCAGCAGAGGACAGGUUUCGUGAUCCUGAACGUUGGCUACUCUGUGGCAGCCUCGGGACUGGGUUGUACUGUCUGUAUGGCUUAGCAUUGUUAUAUGAAGACAGAGAUGCACCGGGAACGUUGAUGUUGUCUAAGAGAGUGGCCUCUGACGACUCAAACGUGCCUGUGAUCAGAGAUGAGUCAUCUGAUUCUGCAAGGGCAUAG